AUGAGUCUUACGCGGGUGAAAAUCUUUGGAGAUUCCGAAUUGAUAAUCAAUCAAGUAGCUGAAGUCUACAAAGUACUUAAGCCUGAGCUCAUUCCAUACCAUAAUAAAUCAAUGAAGCUCCUGAGCUUAAUACCAGAAGUAACUUUGGCCAAGGUCCCUAGAUCUAAAAAUGGAAAAGCAGAUGUAUUGUCCAAGUUAGCAAAAGAAUUAACUGACCCUACUGGAAAUCCAGUGUCUAUUAUUGUCCAGUAUCGUCAAGCUUUGUGCCCCGCAGACUUGUCUUCUCCCAAUCAGACCCUUGUAGUGUUUGCUGUAGAUGAGGAGUCAGAUUGGAGAAAUCCCUUCAUAGAGUACUUAAAACAAGGUAGGCUUCUAGAUGAUAAGUCUCUCGCUGCUCAAAUUAGAAAGAGAGCCUUAUCAUUCGCCUAUAUAAAUGAAACUCUGUACCGACGCUCUUUUGACCAAAUGUGGUUGAGAUGCCUCAGUAAAGAAGAGACUAGUCGAGUCAUGAGCGAGAUACAUGAAGGGCUUUGUGGUGCCCAUCAUUCUGGACCUAAAAUGAAAGGAAGAAUUAAACGCCUUGGCUACUACUGGCCGACUAUGAUCAACGAUUGCAUGGAGCACACUAAGAGAUGCCACCAGUACCAGAUUCAUGAUACGGUGAUUCACCAACCCCCUAAUUUGUUGCACCCUACUGUUUCUUCUUGGCCAUUUGAGGGCUGGGGAACGGAUGUGGUGGGUCCUAUAGACCCUCCUUCCUCUAAGGGUCAUAAGUUUAUUUUAGCCGCCACUGAUUACUUCUCUAAGUGGGCAGAGGAUGUCCUACUUAAGGAAGUUAAAUCAGAAGAUGUGAUGUGCUUCUUUCGCGAUAACAUUGUUUAUCGCUUUGGUGUUCCGUGCCGUAUAAUCUCAGAUAACGGCCCGUCCUUUAGAAGCACCAAAAUUGCCAGAUUUGCCCGCUGCCAAAACAUUAAUUGGCGAUACUCGUCAAUUUACUACCCUAAAGCCAAUGGCUUGGCAGAGGCAUAUAGGACUACCUACCGUACUCCUACUCAGUCCACCCCAUAUGCUUUAGCUUUUGGGGCUGAAGCAGUCCUCCCACUUGAGGUCGAGCUCCCCUCAUUGCGUGUAGCAGUUAGUUACAACCUAUCUGAGGAAGAAAAUGCCCAACUGAGGUUGGAAGAGCUUGAUGGUUUAAAUGAGCUUCGCUUACGAGCUUAUCAAUGCCUUAAGCUAUGCCAGGCCCGAAUGAAACGGCACUUUGAGCAUCUUGUUAGACCCCGUGCUUUCCGGGUAGGCGAGUUAGUUCUUAUUUUGCGCAGGCCUAUCAUCUCGCAUCAUCGGCGAGGUGGUAAGUUUGAGCCUGUUUGGGAAGGCCCCAUUCUCUAUAGAGCAAGUUUAUGA